GCCACCCCAGGGUGGGAAUGCUAAGACAGACAGUUAGUUUAUUUUUGGGUCAGUGACAGUGUGUCAAUGGCCGCAGAUGCAUCGCAAAGGACGGCUCUGAGAUACCAGCAGACCCUGCCAUAUGGAGAGUACUGGGAGCACCCCGGUGGGUCCCAGAGGAGAGAGGCGACCCGCCUUCUAACAGAGAGACAGCGGAAAAAACAUGGACAUCACCACCACGGGCACUACUAUUACAGUCGCCAUGGGCGGAGUCACAGCCGAAAUCGCCAUCACAGUCGCCACCAUCAGGAUCCGGAGAUAGAGGGUUCUCAAGACAGGCAGGAGCAAGAGCAGAGCCACACAUCAUCAUUCAAGAAACGCCGCUCCUACUCCAAGUGCAGAGACUGUGUGGCUCGAGUACAGAAGUUCCUUGUCUCUAAGUUGGGAGAAGACUGGAUCUUUUUGGUGCUGUUGGGUAUUACCAUGGCAUUAGUAAGCUGGACCAUGGACUAUGCUAGUGCCAAAAGUCUGCAAGCCUAUAAGUGGUUUUAUGGGGAGUUGAGGGGAAACAUCCCACUGCAAUACCUGGUCUGGGUCUCCUAUCCCAUGGUGCUCAUCAUGUUUGCUUCCCUCUUCUGCCACCUGGUCGCUCCUCAGGCCAUUGGCUCUGGUAUUCCAGAGCUGAAAACCAUCCUCAGAGGAGUUGUGCUGAAGGAGUAUUUGACACUCAAGGCUUUUAUUGCCAAAGUGGUGGGACUCACUGCUGGCCUGGGCAGUGGAAUGCCCGUUGGCAAAGAGGGUCCCUUUGUCCAUAUAGCCAGUAUCUGUGCAGCUGUACUCAGCAAGUUAAUGUCUUUCUUCUCUGGAGUGUAUCGGAGCCCAUAUUGUUAUACAGACAUCCUCACAGUGGGUUGUGCAGUGGGGGUUGGAUGCUGCUUUGGAACCCCUCUUGGAGGUGUAUUGUUCAGCAUUGAAGUUACAUCAACCUAUUUUGCUGUGAGGAACUACUGGAGGGGCUAUUUUGCUGCUACAUUCAGUGCUUUCAUAUUCAGAGUGCUGUCUGUGUUCAAUAAAGAUGCAGUCACCAUCACUGCUCUCUUUCGUACCAAUUUCCGUAUGGAUUUUCCCUUUGACCUGCAGGAGCUCCCGGCAUUCGCCAUUAUUGGGAUUUCUUGUGGGUUUCUGGGAGCUUUCUUUGUUUACCUAAACCGCCAAGUCGUCCUGUUCAUGAGAAAACCCAAUAUUCUCACACGCUUUCUUAUGGAACACCGACUGAUUUUCCCUGCUGUUGUGACUCUAGUGGUUACAACACUGACAUUCCCUCCAGGCUUCGGACAAUUCAUGGCUGGAGAGCUGAUGCCCAGAGAGUGCAUCAACUCUCUGUUUGAUAACUUCACCUGGACAAAGAUAUGGGGAUCCCCCCAUCCUCCUGGUCUGGGUCGCUCGGCUGUCUGGUUCCACCCUGAUGUCAGCAUCUUCGUCAUUCUUAUUCUCUUCUUCAUCAUGAAGUUCUGGAUGUCUGCGGUUUCUACCACGAUGCCCAUCCCGUCUGGAGCUUUCAUGCCUGUCUUUGUACUGGGUGCAGCAUUUGGUCGAUUAGUGGGUGAGAUUAUGGCUACUCUCUUUCCUCAUGGUAUCCUGUUUGAUGGAAUACUGUACCGCAUCAUCCCUGGAGGGUACGCUGUCAUUGGUGCAGCAGCACUGACUGGAGCGGUCACUCAUACCGUUUCCACAGCAGUGAUCUGUUUUGAACUGACCGGUCAGAUCUCUCACAUCCUGCCCAUGAUGGUUGCUGUCAUCCUUGCCAACAUGGUCGCGCAGGGUCUGCAACCCUCACUGUAUGAUUCCAUUAUCCAGGUCAAGAAACUGCCGUAUCUACCCGAGCUGGGCUUUGGCCACAUAAGCCAGUAUAAUAUCUUUGUGGAGGACAUCAUGGUGAGGAAAGUAAAGUUUCUAUGUUCCCAGUCUACAUACAGAGAAGUACUCCAUUUAAUGGAUUCAACGUCGCUAAAAACCAUCCCGCUGGUGGACUCAAAAGAAUCGAUGAUUCUAUUAGGCAGCAUUGAGAGAUCUGAGCUUCUCGCCCUCUGUGAUUGGUGGCUGUCAGCAGAGAGGCGGAUCCUAAAUCAAGGACAGGGCUCACAAUGUCAUGUGCCUUGCGAAAAAGUCAGCUGGGAAUCCUUUGCCUUUGUUGAUGAGGAAGGAGAUGACAAUGAAGAAGACAAGACGGUGCCAGUUCAAGAGGAGAAAAACGGCCCUCUACCUGUGUCCAAACCGCCAGAACCCUCCACCAAUCAUAUGUCGCCUGAUAAGGGUCCUUCGCAGUCUUUUGGGAAAAUUUUACGUAACUUCUUUACCUCCUCUUCAGAAAGACCUACAGAAGGUCAGCCCCAGGAGCCUUAUCCUCCACCUUUAACGGACACAAUGACACCGGAGGAGAUCAAAGCCUGGGAGGAGGCAGAGAUGGACAAACAUGUGGAAAUCGAUCAGAUCAGAAUAGACCCCUCCCCGUUCCAGCUUGUUGAGAGAACAUCACUACAUAAGACUCAUACCCUGUUCUCUUUGCUGGGCUUGAGUCAUGCCUAUGUAACCAAUACUGGCAAACUGGUGGGAGUUGUGGCACUAAAAGAGCUCCAAAAAGCUAUCGAGGGCUCCACGCGCAGCGGCGUACGCCUGCGCCCCCCUCUGGCCAGUUUUCGCGAUACCAUCCGUAAGUCUGCGAAGCCUCCACAGGCUUCCUCCCCUCCGUCUGCCCCCGGCCCCGUCACAGCCCCCUCUUCGCCUCUGUCCACCCCUGUGGUACCCGAUUCCCUGAGCCCAGCAGCCCCAGUGAAGGACAUGAAGGAGAUGGAGGUUUGGAUCGAGGGUGUGAAACGGGAGGUGAUUGUGGAGAACAGCAGUAGUACAGCCUCAGGAAGCGGCAGCUGCAUUGGUGGGAUAGGAAGUAGUGACAGUGAGGGAGGAAGUUCAGAAAACAGCCCCACCCUGCCCCCCACCUCUCUUCUUCCAAUCCCUCUCUCCACCUUACAGUCGGUCCCCGAGAACAAAGAGAGUGAAGACAUCGAGGACGAGGAGACCCUUUAGAACAAAGAAUAGUUUGGGGUGUAUUUUUGUUAACUUUUUAUAUAAUGAUUUCAUUUUUUUCUUCAUUUGCUUGUUUUUAAAGGGUUUAAAUGAUCUGUCCUUUUUCCUUUUAGUUUUUUCUGUUUCUCUUUCUAGCAAAUUCUUUAAAGUUAUAUAAUCUUAUAUUGAUGAUUGCACAUUCUGCCACAGGACAAGUAUACUGGAAAUAUCAGGGAGUUUUGAAGACCUGGGAAAGUCAUGGAAAUUAAUGCCAUCAUAAAUCUCAUGGAAAUGUCUAUACUUAAUAUAAUUGUUUUUUUUUUUAUGUUUUCACCUUAAUAUUGAUCGAGUGUAGAGUAAAACUUGAUCGCAAGCCAUAUAUUCUUGAGAGCAAAUGUUACUUAUUGGUCGGCUCCUUUCAAUCAAUUGGUCAAAACAGAUCACAAAUUGGUCUAAAUGAUUAAUUAACCAGUCAGUCUGAAUCAAAAUGAUUUUUAAUAAUCACAAACGACUGCAGAAUUCAUGGAAAAGUCAUAGAAAUCCAUAAGAUCAUAUGAUUAUUUAAAAAAAUGUCUUCACAAUAUAACCACUUAAAAUAUUCCGGAUUCUUCUACAUUUUUCUGUUGUAAUCUUUUUUUGUAACACAGGCCCUAUGACUGUCCAUCACUUUUAAAGGAGUAGUUCCUGUCAUUAUUUACUCAUCAUUAUGUCGUUCUGAACCUGGAUGACUUUAUAACACAAAAGAGAAAGUUUACUAGAAUGUCCAAACUGCCCUUUCCCACACAAUAAAAGCUUACAGUGAUCAUGUGUUGUCUAACUUUAAAAAAUAUUCAUGACCGAUCACGAUGUAGCAAGAGUCUGCAAAAAUGCAAAUCCAUUUUCAUUGUAGGGAGAAAGAUUUCUUUAAAGUUUUCAGUGGCAUGUUCAAGCUACACUGAAAAAAAUUGAAGGUGUAUUUAAAAAAACCUAGGAAACAAUUUCCACACAAAAAUUGGUUGUAAAUUGUACUACGUAAGUAAAGGCUACACACAAUUCUUGGGGGCUUUAAUUAAAACUUCUCAAGUAGAGUUUACUUUGAGAUAUUUUUUGAAUGUAAAUUUUACUAAAUUUUUGUUUGUACAUUUUACUCAAGCAAUGUAGUACUGAUGUAAACUCUGCUUUUAAAUGUGUACUAGCAUUUCACUGUUUUUUAAUACUCAAUCAUGUACCACAUGACACACAGAAACCUUCCACUGGGAAAAUUAAUGCAUGCUUUGUAAUCUAUUAGACAAUAUCACCUUGUUUUAAUGGUGGUAGAAACAAAGAUCAGAGCUGUCCACUCAGACCUAAACACUUGGUGCAUAAAACACGGUGACGGUAACAAUCAACGCAUAAUAUUUUUGAUUAUGAACGGGUAAUAUUGAAUAGAAUAUGAACUUCACACUUCACUAAACAAGAAGUUACCAAAUGUAACAACAAAAUCAACAAUACAGUUGGUGUACAUAAACUUGCAAACAGUGAAACAAGCUCAUUAAUUAUUCAAGCCCUGUGCACUUAAGUACAUUUGACCUAUUUUAACCUGUGAAAUUUACUUAAAUUAGCAAGUAAAUAUGACAAGGAUUUUUUCUUUAGGAUUCAUACAUGACACAUUGUAAACAUAACAAACAAUCAUAAAUAAUAUUUACUAAUAAGCUAGAGCAUUCAUUUGUACAUUUCUGAAUUAAGUACAAAUAUACAAUUUACUUAACAUUUUCAAAUUCACACUUAAACUAACUUUUAUGUAAAAAAUACUUCAUCUUUUCUGCUAUAUUUACUUUACCACAAAAUAUUUUUUUUCAGUGUACAUUACAUGUAUGAAAAAAACUGAAUCCCAUAAAAAAAUGUAUAGAGUUAUAACAUGAACACCUAUAUCAUUGGCAUAUAAAUUGCUAAAAAUGUUUAAUCAUGUUUACAUAUAAAAUGACAGACCUCACUCAUGCAUACAACUGGACAUUAGUGUUAUAUGUCGUGAAUCCUUUAUCAUGCCAUGUUCUGAAAUUGAUAUUUAAUUCAAGAACUUUCUAAUCUAUAUUCCCACUGUAUUCAGCUAUAUAACUGUCAAAAAAAUAUCAAAAUUGUUGGACAAAAGUUGGCCAGCAGAUGGCACAUGGUGAACUUGACAUUUUCAGAAUUUGACAUAACCUCAUUUUCACCUGGAACAUAUUCCCUUUGCUGUCUCACCCUUGUGUCCUUUUUCAGUUAUCAUUUCAUGUGAUUAAAAUUCAGGGUGUGUGCACUGUCCUCUUAAUUUCUCCUUUUCUUUCAAAUGUCUCUCUCAGGUCUCUCUCAUGUCUUUAAACCAAGGGCUCAUAUGAACACAGUCUAUGUGGGGUUUUGUGAUCUGCUGUCUUCUUUUGGUUGUUUGUGUUCAUUUAAUGUGAUUUUGUGUCUGAUCAGUGAAACAUGACCAGUUACAUUUAUUGCCUCCCAUAUAAGUUUGUUUGUUUUUGUCACCCUUAUAUGUGUAUUUAUUUAUGUAUUUAUUUGUCUCUUUUCCUCUCAGCGUGAUGACAUAUUGACAGAUACUGUAUAAGAAAAUGUGAGUCAUAAAGUCGUUUCUAAAGGUUAAUGGAUUUAAUGUAUUCGUCUUAGUCAUUGAUUUUCAGAUUUAUGGUUGACCUUUUAAUCAUGGUAAAGGGAUUACAUUUUGAUUUUAACUCCCAGAAUUUAAUAGCAUUGCAAUAAACAACGACACAAUGAUUUAUUUUUUUAUUUAUUUUUUGUUAGUUUUUUUGUCUGCCGUUUGAACCUGGUUGUUUUGAAAUUGUAUAAGUGCGUGUAUAGUCAGUGAAUGUAUGGAUAUGUGUUGUGUGUGCCUUUUCAUAAAUGAGACCGUCAUUCACAAUAAGGAUUUUUAUUUACAGCAC